UCAUGCGAAUCCGUAGAAGACGAAACGCGUCGUGAUACACCGUGCCUUUCCAGCGCGUGGCCAGGCGAUACGUUCGGUGUACAGAGCCUCUUAUUCGAUGGCUAUGCGUGGUUGCUUCGCCCUGAUAGCCGGCCUCUUUGUCCAGGUCUCUGGCCGAGGACUGGAAUUCCCCAGCGGUCACUUUGUGCCCAAGGACGGGACUUACAACAAUGUUAAUAGCUACCAACACCUCUCGGAUCCGCGACAGGUCCAACCGUUAGGUCAACUAGGCCCGCAGUCAACAAACGGUCCAGCGUUCGAAAAUCUACACGCAGGAGUCGCGGCUUUUCAAGGUGGCCACCAUUUCGUAACCGGGGACGAAUCACGUAAGGUCCCCAACGCUCCUCAUAAUGGUUUUUUCCAACACAAUCCAGCGCUCGGUGGCGAGAGGAGCUACCCUGAAGGAAGCCCUGCAAGCAACCUUGGAGGAGCAUUGGAGGCUGGUGGUGAGAGACCUCAGCAGCAGAUGGUUGUUGGAGCAGACAUGAGCAGCAAGACGCACCGUCGAAGACUGAGGAUGAGGCAUCGGAAAAGUUUCAAGGAACAUCACUCACGAGACGGCGACAGACUGCGACAGGAAUCUGUUAACUUAGCCGCUUUGGAUUCUCGUAGAAGACCCGAAUUGGUCAGGUCUCAACAAGCAAGUAACUUUGAGCAGGCACCAACCGCUGAACAACGAACCCUAGCUGGGCUCAAGGUGGAAUACGCACGCGCUUACAUAGCUGCUGAAGAACCUACUGCUGAUGCUGGUCCUAUAGAGCUCCUUUGCACAGUUGGCUUCCGAGAAUACGCCACCAUAAGCUGGACCGUGAAUGGGCAUGCCUUGGAAGAUUUCAUUGACCGUUCCACAACUGUUGUUGUCAAGAACGAAAUUCCGGUAAAGGUCUCGAAGAUCGUCAUCAACCAACUGGAAAGGUUACCGUCGGAAACCGGCAAGUUUAUUUUCGAAUGUACUGCUCUCGUUGACUCUCAGGUUACCAAGGCUACCUUAGCUUUGGGAUCCAACAUAGAAGAUACUUGCACGUCCAACGCUCAGUGUGUUGCCAGGGGUGGAACAUGCUCGGAAAGUCGCUGUAUCUGCAACCCUUCGCAACCGGUGGUGCUGCAGUCCAAGCAUUUAACGUGCCGCGCGGCUGCAAAUUUAGGUUGGCCGUGCAACUACCACGAACAGUGUAUCUUCGCUCAGCCUAAUGCAAUUUGCACGGAUCGUAUGGUCUGCGACUGUAACUUGGGCUACGUCAGGUCCCUGGACGGCAAGACUUGCGAUAAGCUGGUACCUUCCUCCAGUCUGCUUGGUUCAGCCUGCAAGACUACCGCCGACUGUCAUUCUGCUGGAGCCUCGUGUGUCAACGGAAUAUGUGCGUGCGGCAACGAGAGUAUGGAAAAAGGUGGCAUGUGUCUUCCCCUUGGACAUUUGAAGUUAUCUCUGCGGGACUUUGCGGCGUACGAAGACACCACCAACGCCAGCAGCACGGUUUCUCCGACCCCUGCUGGACAACAUGAUGUCACAGAGAGCUCCUCCUCUAUGAUGCCGAUGAGUUCAACUAUGGCUUCACCUGCUUCGACAGUGCUGUCUGAACUGUUGCUACUGCUUGUCAGUGCCUUCUGUGUGCUGCCAGAAUACCUAUGACUUUGGGACGUUGUAAGUAUCUUAUGGUAAAUAAAGAGUCCAUGUAGGUACGCCA